CAUACACAGAAGCACUUCCCCCAUCACCGGAUAUCAUUCAUCUGGAUUUUCUUUAUUCCCCUCAUUGAUUUUAUCAUGCAUGGCAGCAGAAGGAUCCCCACCCUUCAUCAGUCCUGAAUCGUCAGCUCCCAAACAUCCUGAGGGAUGGGAGAUUCAGACAUCAUGCAUGAAUGUGAACAGUCAAGGAACCUGGAGGCGAGAAGACUUCCGUUUGAACAAAGAACCAGGAGGGAAGAAAUCCAUUCUUGCUCUCCGUCUCUCUGUAUGGUCCUCCUUCCCUCUCUCUCUUCAGUCAGGCCUUGAGGCUGUAAUGGAAGAGAACUGAAAGCCUCCAACUUUGUCCCCCUGUGCAUUCGUUAGACAGGUUGAUGGUCCUUUGAUUAUGUGAGGAACAUAAACCUCCUUCACAAAGGACAUACCGGGUGGCAGGAGUAGGGGUGCCCAGGUACGACAGGAAGAAAGAGCACUCCCUCUGCUUUUCUCACCCUUGACCUUAGACUGCCUUCGGCUCCUUAACUCACAGAUAAGUCAGAGGCUUGCAGAGUAGGCAGAGGAAUGGGUAGGUGUCUUGAGGAGGGCAGAAGAGCUGUCUGGAUGGGGUCAGCAGGUGCAGGUGUGGGAAUCACUGUCCUUGGGAUGACCCAAAUCUGAUGUAUUACCUGGGUCUGAUGAGAGGACAAGGUGAGCAGAGUCCAAAAUCAGGAGGGGACAAAGACAAAGACACGGAGGGGAGUUAGGAGGCAUCUGCCUGAUGUCAUGUGUUAGGAAAUCACUGGGCUUGUUCUCAGCUGAUUUUGAGCAUAUCCUGGUUUUAUUUGAAAGCAUUAAGCUUUCAGCAAGGCAACUCCUGACUCCACACAGUGUAUAAUGGAGAUCAUUUUUCCUUCUGGAAUCGCCUAUCUCUACCCCUAAGUGACACGGACCUUCGCAAGGAAUUAACGGUCCCAUUUUAAAUACAGCUUGAGAAGAAGAGACCCCACAUCUCUGAGUAAAUGACCACUGCCAUGACCUUGCCACCCAGAUGUAUGAGGAAGGAGCAUUAUGAACAGUCCACUUCAUAUCUUAGGUCUCUGAGCAGAGGAGGCUAACCCAUGCCCUCAUGCAAACGAGCAGAAAGCCCCCAAGAGUCAUCCAGGUGUAAUUGACUGUUAGCUUUUCCUUGUACAUGGCAAGUUGCAGGUGACCCUGGCCAUCUGCUGAAAACAGGGACUAACUACCUAAGGUUUGGGACAAACAGGAAGGCGUGUCCAGCCAGAAGCUUAUUCCAACCUGGCAACAAACCUGGUCAUAAAAGAGAGCUGCUGGAAAGAGAUUUGCAUGCCCAAUAAGGUUUCACUACUGAAGUUUACACAACGCACAGUAAUCUGCCAAGCAGGCUGACUCCCUGGAUCACAUGAUCUCGUAGAAACAUGAAACUUGACGAUGCGCUCCAGCGAGUUUUACUUCCCCUGUGCAGGGGUGUUUGCCAGCAGCCUGCGGUUGCUCUCAGAAGUCAGUUCCAGUGGCUUGAGCCCUUGAGCCCAAAGCCUUACCAUGCAGCUCCCUAGGAAGGCCAGGAGCUGCUGAUAUCCCCUUGGAGAGCGACCCACAUCUCCUCUCAAGAAAAAUGGACAAGCUGAAUAAGAUAACUGUCCCUGCCAGCCAGAAGCUGAGACAGCUUCAAAAGAUGGUCCAUGAUAUUAAGAACAAUGAAGGUGGAAUAAUGGAUAAAAUAAAAAAGCUAAAAGUCAAAGGACCUCCAAGUGUUCCUCGAAGGGACUAUGCAUUAGACAGCCCUGCAGAUGAAGAGGAGCGGUGGUCAGAUGACUUUGACAGUGACUAUGAAAAUCCAGAUGAACAUUCCGACUCCGAGAUGUACGUGAUGCCUGCGGAGGAGACUGGCGACGAUUCCUAUGAGCCACCGCCCGCUGAGCAGCAGACAAGGGUGGUCCACCCAGCCCUGCCCUUCACCAGGGGCGAGUAUGUAGAUAAUCGAUCCAGCCAGCGGCACUCUCCACCCUUCAGCAAGACACUCCCCAGUAAGCCUUGCUGGCCCUCAGCGAAAACAAGGAUGACUUCUACUUUGCCAGCUCCCACCUGUCUGCAGAAGCCUCAGAUCCCCCCCAAACCCAAAGACCUCCUUGAGGAUGAGGCUGAUUAUGUGGUCCCUGUGGAAGAUCACGAUGAAAACUAUAUCCACCCCAGAGAAAGCAUCCCACUGCCUGCUGAGAAAGCUCCUAUGGUGAAUAGAUCAACCAAGCCAAACAGCUGCUCCAAGCCAAUGUCACCUCCAGGGACUGUCACAGGUCGAAACAGUGGGGUCUGGGACUCCAAGUCAUCUUUGCCUGCUGCACCAUCCCCACUGCCACGUGCUGGGAAGAAAACAGCUACACCACUGAAGACAACUCCAGUUACCUCUCUACCGAAUGCAUCAAAUGUUUGUGAAGAAAAGCCUGUUCCUGCUGAACGCCACCGAGGGUCUAGUCACAGACAAGACACUGUACAGUCACCAGUGUUUCCUCCCACCCAGAAACCUAUCCAUCAAAAGCCUGUUCCUCUGCCACGGUUUCCAGAAGGGGGAAGCCCAGCUGUAGAUGGACCAUUAUGUAGCUUGUCAUCUAAUUCCACUUUUGCAGACCAGGAGGCAGAACUUCACGGGAAGCCCUGGUAUGCUGGUGCCUGUGACCGCAAGUCUGCUGAAGAGGCCCUGCACAGAUCCAACAAGGAUGGAUCAUUUCUUAUUCGGAAAAGCUCUGGCCAUGAUUCUAAGCAGCCAUAUACACUAGUUGCAUUCUUUAAUAAGCGAGUAUAUAAUAUUCCUGUACGGUUUAUUGAAGCAACCAAACAAUAUGCUUUGGGAAAGAAGAAAAAUGGUGAAGAGUACUUUGGAAGUGUUGUGGACAUCAUCCAGAACCAUCAGCACAACCCCCUGGUUCUUAUUGACAGUCAGAAUAACACAAAGGAUUCUACAAGACUGAAAUAUGCUGUGAAAGUUUCAUAAAGAAAGAGACAUCGAUCCCACUGUUUUAGACAUUUCCUCCAUUUCUUCUUUUGAGAAAACUUCAUAUUCUGUAUCUGAAUCAUCAGCAAUAGCAGAGAAGAUGAAUGAAGCCACUGAGGUGGUAAACUUCACUCCUUCAUAAGAUGCUCACAUCAACUUUUCUAGUGCCUGACCUGAUGAAGUGAUAGCUGGGGAAGUUCAGUUAUUACGCUACUAAUAUUCUCCAAAUAAAUGUAUUUAAAAGAAA